AUGGAGGACCCAAAUAAACCUAAGAAAAGAACGUUUCGUACGUUUCAUUACAGAGGUGUAGAAUUAGAUAAACUACUAGAUUUAAAUCAAGAAGAACUUAUAAAACUUUUUAGAGCCAGGCAAAGAAGAAAAUUCAAAAGAGGAAUUAGUAAAAAAGCCAAAUCUCUUUUAAAAAAAUUAAAAAAAGCGAAAAAAGAAUGUGAAGUAGGAGAAAAACCAAGACCUAUACCAACACACUUAAGAAAUAUGACGAUUAUACCUGAAAUGGUAGGUUCAGUUGUAGCUGUUCAUAAUGGAAAACAGUACACGAAUGUUGAAAUCAAACCGGAAAUGAUUGGAUACUAUUUAGGUGAAUUUUCAAUUACGUAUAAACAUACGAGACAUGGAAAGCCUGGUAUUGGUGCUACUCAUUCUUCUCGUUUUAUUCCCUUGAAAUGA